AUGGCAGAUUUAUUACAAAACAACCCGUUGGCGUACCAAAGUACCGGUGGGUACCCGCCGAGGAAUAGUGGGUAUACAAAGGUGGAAAGACAUGAGGGCGUUCGAGAAAAACGAGAAUCACAGAGAAUACCCGCCGUAGCUGUCCCGCUUGAAGAAAAGCAGCCGGAGGAGGAUAUCCCAGCAUGUGCACUCGUUGAUGAUGAGAAGAAGUUAUGGACACGGCAUGCGGAGGCUACGUGGGUGGAGUUGUUUUAUGAUUUGUUCUUUGUGGCGAAUUUGACGACGUUUACGGAUUCGCAUCAGAUUAACGAUAGUGAUACGUUACAAUCGUAUAUUGGAUACUUUGCUAUCUUAUGGUUUACAUGGCUACAAGCCGCAUUAUUCGACCUGCGAUUUGGAGGGGAUAGUCUGAUCCAGCGAAUAGCUAAAGCACUCCAAAUAGGUGUGAUGGUGGGAUUUUCGGCCAUAAACUCUAAAUUUGAUCCAAGAUACCCUGAGCAAAACUGGCAAGCGUUCAAAACGCUCUCGUUGUUACUCUUUGCGUCCAGAUUUGCAAUAGCAAUUCAAUACUUUGUAGUAUGGUGGACAGUUAGACAAUACACAAAAACCAAGAUGCCAUUACUACUAAUGUCAGUCCUAAUGUUCAUUUCUAUGAUUCUCUUUCUCGGUCUAGCUUUCUCGUUCUCCUCAACCGGUAACACAAAAGGCUACAUCGGCUGGUAUGUAGUUUUAAGUCUCGAAGCAGUACUCGUCCUCAGCAUAUCCCUCAAAUGGAAAAUCGUAGGGUUCAAGGGUACCCACUUAAUCCAACGAAUGGGAUUACUCACUCUUAUCGUUAUGGGCGAGGGUAUCAUCGGCCUAUGUCGUGCCACGAGUCUCACGAACGAGGGUGUGGGCGCGACAAGUUGGUCGCCUACACUAUCCGGACAAGCAAUAUCCGGUGUCCUCUGUAUUUACUUCCUCUACAUGCUCUACUUCGACGACGAACCAAACUACGUCUACAGCACCGUACCCCAACAGCUCUGGGCAAUUCUCCACUUCCCCUUCCACCUCGCCGUAAUCCUCUUCGUCGAGGGUCAACAACAAUUAAUGAUCUGGCAAGGAAUAAUCACCGCUUUAAACAUCCUAGGCGCCAACCUCGACACGGCAUACAACAACGGUGGGAAAACCAACGGCGGGGUGAUCGCCAACAGCGUCUUAGACGUUAUUAACGAUUUCUUCCCCGAAGAAACCGCAAAGAUUGUUGCUUCGGAACCUGCGUUCGUGUUUAACCUCGCUCCGAUGAGGGAUAGUGGUGAUGCUACUUUUAUUAGAGACCAGAUCGAUAAACUAUGGGAUCUGUGCGCGUAUGCUAUUUUCAGUGGGUAUCAUAUCGAAGCACCGGCGAGUAAUGAUCAAUUAUUCAAUAGUGAUAGGAAGUUUGAGGGGUUUUCGAGGAUAUAUAACCUUGUGGUUGUGUAUUUCUUUGUUGCCGCAGGGGGGUUCUUGUUGAUUUUGGCAUUGUUUACGUAUUUGAUGAAGUGGCCGAAGGAUAGGUAUGAAUGGUUACAUAUUUCUUACAGGGUGGUGUUCGGGUUGGUGAUCGGGUUGGUGGCGACGGUGGCGACGAGUAAAAAGCGGAUGGAUGGGUUUGUGACGAGUCCUUGGGUGGUGCCUAUGAUGAUGUUGUUACUCCUUGGUCUCUUGAUAUUGGAUAAACUUACUAUCCUAGCGGCGCUCAAAUACUCUGAUCGAAAACUACAGCAUCACAAAUGGCUACACGGACAAGACACAAGUGACAAGAACGCCGCAGAGUCACAGCAAGAUUUGAUAUCAACGUCGGUAUCAUCAGUAUCUUCAUCAUCCAGCUCUUCGUCCUCUUCAAGUGGUAGUAACGUUCUCCCCGCCAUGCCAGGGGUAGACAAUCCUGCCUCCGAGAACGGUGGUGAAGGUGGAUUUAGAGAUUUUCGGGAAGAAGAAAGAGAGGGCUAUCCAGACCCAGGAAGUCAAUAUAACGGUACUCACCCUUCAAACCGUUCCUCCCGUCGAAACGGUCAAAAUUAUUAUGCGGCGUCACAACUCUCUCAAGUUGAUGAAUCACCUGACGAAGAUGCCUUCCACGAUGCCCGUGGAUUCGAAGACGCAGAAGAAGAAGGAGGAUAUGACCACCAGGAGGGUUUAAUCCCAAAUAUUCCAAACUCCUCGAUUCCAUCCGGUAAUCCCUCACGAGUGAUAACACCUCACAUCCCAAUCCCCGAACGACAUUUACAUUCCCCCGUCCCGAGCCAUUUAAGGCACUACAACGAUUUUACAACCCCCGAAACUCCACCACUCGGAGCAACAUACUACGAAUCCCACCCUCCUCGUUCUCUGAAAUCUCCAGUAACUGUAAUCCGACAUCCCAUACUCGACUCUACGGAUUCAUUGGUUCCAAAACCGUUACAUGUUGCGAGGAGACAUAGUAAUUUGAGCUCGAUGAGUAAUUUGGAUAAAUUAUCGACUGAUAUGCCGCAGACGCAUAGAGGGUUUAUGGCUGAGCCCGUGGGGUUUGCGGAGGGUGUUGAAGGGAGGUUUGAUGCCGAGGAAGGUGGGGGUGGGAGAGAUAGGAGGGGGGUUGUGGGGAUUGGGAAGUUUAUGAGGAGUACGGAGAGUAUGCUGGGGAUGCGGCAGGCGCCGGGAAUGUAG